CCUGAUCCCCAACGCACAACAUCACCAUCAAUGAUAAAAACAAAGCUACUUCAACCAGCGGCAUUAAACUCCCUCUCAGAUGCAGCUACUCACCAUACUAAUCCUAGUCCUAGUCGAGGAAGGAGGAGGAGCUACCUCUCGCACCAGCAAUGGGGAUCUGCUGUAGCAAGGCCAAGGACGAGCUUGAGGACGAGGGCUUCCCAUGGAAGCACGACGCCUUCUUCCACGACCAGCUUUGGACCGCUGGCGUCUCCAUGCACACCAAGCAAGGCUGGAAGGGCGCCAACCAGGACGCCAUGACUACCUGCCAGGACUUUGCUGGGCGAAAGGGCCAGAUCUUUUGUGGAGUUUUUGAUGGACAUGGACCUCUUGGAAGGGAAGUUGCACGCCAUGUCCGCGACACACUUCCAAUGAAACUGUCCUCCUCUUUGGCACUGAAAACUGAACAAGAUCCCUCCAGCAACAUAGAUAAGGAUUCCCUGGAUAAGUCAAAUUGCACCUCAUUCAGUGAUACAAGCGAUGAAAAACAAUUGUUACACACCUGGAAGAACAUAUUUGUCAAGACAUUUGAGGAUGUGGAUGAGGAUCUGAGGCAACAUUCUAGAAUUGACUGCAUUUGUAGUGGCACAACUGCUGUCACUGUCGUUAGACAGGGUGAUCACCUGAUGAUUGCAAAUUUGGGCGAUUCGCGUGCUGUUCUAUGCACCCGGGACAGCAAGGACCGCCCAAUUCCAGUCCAACUCACCACUGACUUGAAACCAGAUCUUCCAAGUGAAGCUGAGAGGAUCCUAAAUUGCAAAGGCCGGGUUUUCGCAAUGGAUGACGAGCCGGACGUACCUAGGCUGUGGCUACCAGACCAAGACGCGCCAGGCCUCGCCAUGGCAAGGGCCUUUGGUGACUUCUGCUUGAAGAGCCAUGGGCUGAUUUGUACACCAGAAGUCUAUUACAGGAAGCUAUCUGACAAAGAUGAAUUCUUGGUGCUUGCUACUGAUGGCAUAUGGGACGUUCUAUCCAACAAGGAGGUGAUCAAGAUCGUGUCAUCGGCCACUGACCAUUCCAAGGCGGCCAAGCAGCUCGUGGAGCGGGCGGUGCGCGCGUGGCGGCGCAAGUUCCCGACGUCGAUGGUCGACGACUGCGCCGUCGUCUGCCUCUUCCUGAAGCCAUCUUCGUCGGAGGAGAGCACGCCGGGGGACGGCAAGCCUCAGGCCGUGUCGUUCACGGGCAGCUUCCGCAAGGUCCUGGGAGGCGGCGCCGGCGGCGAGGCGGAUGAUGGGACGAACAACGUGUGGAGAGCUCUGGAGGGGGUGGCCAGGGUGAACUCGGUGGUGAGGCUGCCGCGGAUGGGCGCCGUGCUGAGCUGGCGGCGGCGGUCGACGUCGCUGGAGGAAGAUGACGAGACGAGGAUCGAUUGAUUGGUGACAGUCGCUUUCGUUGCUGGAAAUGAAAACGUCAUCCAGUUCCAGUGGAUUUGGUUGCAUGCUUUAAAUGGCUAAAUUUAGAAUGGCGCUUUAGACGUUGAUUGACGUAUAAAUGUAUGUCGCAUUCAGGUUAUUGAAUAGUAGUGGUGAUUACUGAAUAGGGACCGAUACUGCUGCUGCUGCUGCUGGGUUAGUUUCUUGCUUAACAUGAUUGCAUUUGUUCUUGUGUGAUUGUGGCAUGCAUGCAGACCCAAGAAUGAUUGGCUAGCUGCUUCUGUUUGAUGGAUGUGGUGGCUUGUUUGGUUUAAUUUAUUGUGAUUCUCCCUUCCUUCCUUAAUGGUGUACUCUACCAAGAAUUAAAUGGAUAUAAACUGAACUGUUGGUUCAUAACGUCAUAUGAUAGCAGAUACCCAUGAGUU